AUGACGAUUCCUACAAUGUCAGUCGAAUUUCAACGGAACGGCUUUAAUGGCGUCCACAGCUCUGCAAUGCCUAUAGUUCACAAGCUGUCAAAGGACCAUGACUUGGUAUUGAAGACCUUUCGGCUAUUGAUUGCAGACCUCUGCCAGCAAUUCAAUGGCGGACACCCCGGUGGUGCUAUCGGUAUGGCUGCGAUUGGCGUUGCGCUAUGGAGAUAUGUUAUGCAUUAUGCACCCCACACUCCCGGAUUCUUCAACCGGGACCGCUUCGUCUUAUCAAAUGGCCACACCUGCCUCUUCCAAUACUCUUUUCUGCAUCUUACAGGCUACAAGGCCAUGACCUUCGAACAACUCAAAUCGUACCACUCCGAUCGCGUGGAUGCGCUAUGCCCCGGGCAUCCGGAGAUUGAGCACGAGGGAAUUGAAGUGACAACCGGACCAUUAGGUCAGGGUAUUGCGAAUGCUGUAGGCCUGGCCAUGGCCACGAAGAAUCUCGCUGCGACCUACAACCGCCCAGGCUUCGAUGUGGUAAACAACCAUACUUGGUGUAUGAUUGGCGAUGCUUGUUUGCAAGAGGGUGUCGGUCUCGAGGCGAUCUCGCUGGCAGGACAUUUCCGUCUAAACAACCUCACUGUCAUUUACGACAACAACCAAAUUACCUGUGACGGCUCAGUUGACCUUACUAACACUGAGGAUGUGAAUACAAAGAUGCGCGCUUGCGGCUGGGAUGUGAUCGAGGUUGCAAACGGCUGCUUUGAUAUUGAGGCGAUUGUUGAUGCAUUGGAACAAGCUCGCUCAUCGAAGCAAAAGCCCACCUUCAUUAAUAUCAAGACGGUCAUUGGUCUGGACAGUAGCGUUGCGGGAACAGCUGUUGCUCAUGGUGCUGCUUUUGGCGCCCAGAGUAUCCGUGAUAUGAAGACUGCCUACGGCUUCAACCCGGAGCAUUUUGUCAUCAGCGAAUCUGUGCGUCAAUUCUUCCAGGGGAUUCCUGAGCGUGGAGAGCAGUGGGUUCAAGAGUGGAAUCAGCUAGUAGACAACUACGCUGUUCAGCAUCCUGAUUUAGCGGCCGAGUUCAUGGCUCGCGUGCGUGGCGAGCUCCCGGCCAACUGGCAGGAGUACAUCCCAAUCAGUUUCCCAGAUAAGCCUACUGCCACCCGUGCGUCGUCUGGUUUAGUAUUCAACCCAAUCGCCAAAGAUAUCAAUUCUUUCAUGGUCGGUACUGCGGAUCUCUCGCCAUCCGUAAACAUGAUCUGGCCUGGCAAAGUCGACUUCCAGCACCCCGAACUCCGCACAACGUGCGGCAUCAACGGCAAUUAUUCAGGUCGCUAUAUUCAUUAUGGUGUCCGUGAGCAUGCCAUGGCUGCCAUCUCCAACGGUCUGGCAGCUUACUCCCCGAACACCAUCAUUCCGGUCACCUCGACGUUCUUCAUGUUUUACCUUUAUGCUGCACCCGCAGUUCGAAUGGGCGCGUUGCAGCACCUCCAAAUCAUCCACGUCGCCACCCACGACUCCAUUGGCAUGGGCGAGGAUGGACCGACCCACCAGCCUAUUGAACUAGCCAACCUGUAUCGCGCGAUGCCAAACCUUUUGUACAUUCGUCCUGGCGAUAGCGAGGAGACGGCUGGUGCAUGGAUUGCUGCCAUCGGCGCCAAGCAGACCCCGAGUAUCAUUUCGACCUCUCGUCAAACUUUGCCUCAGCUCGCCCAGACGCGUCGUGAUGGUGUAGCCCACGGCGCAUACGUUCUGUCUGAAGCUGAGUCGGCUACUGUCACUUUGAUCGGGGUGGGAGCUGAACUUUCGUUCGCAUUGGAGGUUGCUGAGCAACUAAAGGUGCAGAAAGGUAUCACCGCCCGCGUUGUCAGCUUCCCCUGCCAGCGCCUGUUUGAGAAACAGUCCCUCGGUUACAAGCGUACCACGCUGCAGCGCCACCGGGGCAUACCAGCUGUAGUGAUUGAACCCUUCGCGCCAAAUGGGUGGGAACGGUACGCAGAUGCGGGCAUCAGCGUGACACGCUUUGGUCAUAGUCUACCGGGUAAGGCGGCAUACAAGUUUUUCGGAUAUGAGAUUGCUACAUUGACAACAAAGGUGGCUAGCUACCUGGAACGGAUCCAGGGAGACCAGCUGCUUCGUGGCGAGUUUGUCGACCUGUGA